GAGGAGGCGAUGUCCGAGGGAUGAAGGAGGAAGCCUCUGGUGCUGACAGGAGGCCGCCCCACCUGCUGCAUCCAUGGCAUUUGCACCUCCCAGGAGCAGCGAUGGCUCCAAGCUGCAGGUCAAGAUGAGCACGUGGACCCCGCUGAACCAUCAGCUCAUGAACGACAAGGUAUUUGAAGAAAGAAGAGCCCUCCUUGGAAAAUGGUUCGACAAGUGGACAGAUGGGCAGAGGAGGAGGGUCCUGGUGGAGCUGCUGGAACGCUGCUCCCUGGCCCAGCAGAAAUUCUGCGCCAGGCACCUCCAGGAGAGAAUUCCCACCGAGGCCGUGGAUUUUACCACGAGGCUUCCUCGAGUCCUGUCCUUGUACAUCUUCUCCUUCCUGGACCCACGGAGCCUCUGUCGCUGUGCACAGGUGAGCUGGCACUGGAAGUACCUGUCGGAGCUGGAUCAGCUCUGGAUGCUGAAGUGCCUCCGUUUUGGCUGGUACAUCAACUUCUGCCCCACCCCCUUCGAGCAGGGGAUCUGGAAGAGACAUUACAUCGAGAUGGUGAGAGAGCUGCGCAUCACCAGGCCCAAGCCUCUUCCCAAGGAGGAGUUCGUGGUUAUCGACGUGCAGCCCGUCAGAAGCGGCGCCCCAGAGGCAAAACCCCCUGAGCAGGGGAGGAGGAGAACCAGGGAGAAGAAGGAGCUGCCCCCUUGGCGCUCGGCCGACAGACACCCCACGGACACCGUCCGCUACAACUACCUGGACAACUCGGACCCCCUGGAGCAGGCGAGGCAGGCGAGAAGGAAGGGAGGAGGGGAGAGCCCGGAUCUGAGCCGAAGGGCAGCCGAGAGGAAAAGGAGAGCGGCACGUGCAUCCCACCAGCUCCGGAGGGACAAAUCCCCGAUGUGGCUUCCUGCAGAUCCUGGGUGUCUUCCAAAGCCACCAGCUCGUCCCAGCUGGGCCGCUCACGGCUCCAACGGGAACCUGCCCCCCAAGGCCCUGGCCCAGAGCUCCCGGUGGAACGCCGGGAUUCGACCGGCGCCCGUCCGAGCUCCGGCGCCAAAGCCCCGUGGGAGAGGGACUGGAGGUGCCACCAGGAUGGAGAGCAGAGCUCCACCAUCUCCAGUGUUCGAGGCUCAGCCCUGGCACAUUCCUGCAUCCAGCCAAGGAUCCGACUCGGAAUGAGGGAGGAUCCAGAGCGUCCUUCACCCCAGCAGGACUGAAACUUCUCUGCCUGGCAGUGGGAAAACAAAAUGUUGCUGCUGGUCUUCGGGAUCUCGACCUGGUUUCCUGUUGCUGGUGCUUUAUUCUCUUCUUCCUUCCGGAUGUGUCACCCCUGAAAUGUUCGCUUGGAAUUCUGACCGUGGAGGAGACGCUUGCUCGGAUCCUUCCUAGGGCUGCUGGACCUCGUGUGAGCUUUUCCAUGGAUCACCUGGACAAAUCUCAGGGCACAUCCCACGGCCUGAGCUGCUCUGUGAUGCUUUGCCAGGGAAUCACGGGAAUUGUCUGGCUCUGUGGGCACCCAUGGGGUUGUGGGAGAUGAGGGAUGACUUCCAGCUGUUGGAAUGAUGGAAAUUCUACCCUCCCUACGACUUGAGUGCUUUACCACCAGUACUGCCAUGAUCCUUCAGCUGAGACCUCCAGCUCCUGCCAAAUCAGCUGGGAAGCAACCAGGGAAGAGCGUGGAAGAAUCAAGGAAAACACUCCAAGGAAAACACGGAUCGGGCUGUGCUGGGAACAGAAUUUCUCCCUCAUGCUGAACAAGGCAAAUCCACCUUCCCAAUCGUGUUAGUGAGAAGGAAAUCAAAUCUCCACCCCCCUCUGGAUUGCAGCACGUGGAUCCACGUGGGGAGCUGGCACUUGUUAUUUAGGAGGAGGUAAAUCAUGGGCUGUUCCUGGUUUUUUUUCUGGGAUUAAGGUAUUUCCUGGUAGAUUCAACAAAUAGCUGUUUUUAAGGAUAAGAGGAUUGAAUGCUCAGCAACUGUAACUCAUUGCCUGGUCAUAGCCCAGAGUGAAAGAGCUGGGAUAAAACUGAACCUUUCUGGGUGUUGGGAAAAGCCCCAGAACACCCAGGAAUCCUCAGUAUUUCCCACUCCAGAGGGAAUGCCAAAAGCCCAGAAUCAUUAAGGCUGGAAAAGACCUUCAAGAUCAUCAAGUCCAACCAUCAACCAGCACCACCCCCGUGUUCACCCUUCAACCACGUCCCCAGGUGCCACAUCCACGUGGUUUUUGAAGACUUCCAGGGGUGGGGACUGUUCCAAUGCUUUACAACCCUUCCCAUGAAGAAACUGUUCCCAAAAUUGCUCCAAAUCAUUGAUGAGGCAACUCAGUGAAUCUCCUUUUCCCAGACUUUGGUGUUUCCUUUUCCCAGUUGUCCUGAGUGUUUGGAAGGACGAGUUCAUCUCAAAAAACAUGACAGCCUAAGAACUAACAAGCCUGAGCUGUCACCUCUCAGAGGAUCAGCUGAACCAGGAACUUGCAGAUGGGAAUCACCUCGUGGAUUUUAGGAUCUCUUGAUUAUCUGUUGACUAAUGAAUUUUGAUUAGGAAAGCCAACUGCUGAGCAACUGAAGUGAGACGGGGCAAAUCCCAGCCAAAACAUUCAUCAGCAUCAUUCCCUGCUAUUCCAAACCUCUCCUCACAGGCCUUUUUUAUUCCCAGGAAACCAAGGUAAAAGGAUUGCUCCAUGGGUGCUUCCUUGGCUUCUUAAGGAGCUGUUCCAGCUCUUUUUCUGGUCUCCAUGAGGCACAAACAGCAAACAGCUACUCAAGGCAAGGAUGUAACCCUGCAGCAAUGCUUUUCCUUUCUCACCAAUGACCACAUUCCCUGGAAUCAUCCAGCUCCCAGGGUCCUGGAGGAGAGUCCUGGACAUCACUGUGCCUUUGCUGCAGCAGAUCAUGCACCUAGAAACGCUCACUGUACAUUUUAAACCUUAGACCUUCCCUGACUGAUCAAGUUUUUUUGUAGUUCUGAUGGUGUAAAUUAACAAACGGGGACGUGCCAAGCCAAGGGGAUUAUCCCCGAGAUAACAGCGGGGCUACACAACGCCCUGGCGGGAUCCUACUAAUCAGAAUUAAAUCACACACACCUGAAACACAUCGUGUGGAAUGUACUGUGUGUAAAAGCCAACAUAAAACAUACCCGACGUCACUCCCGAGGUCACCAAACGGCUCAGAAUCUGAAUCAGUGGAAAGCAAUAAAAUCCAGAGGGAGAGUCUCCCUCACCUGGGAGCUGCUGGAAGUCACAUCCCCCCGGGCUGGUGGUUGUUUCCCCCAGCCUUGCAGCGUUUCCAGACGCGCGGAUAAGGAGCUGCCAAACCAGAACAGAGGGAGGCGGCUGUGCCCUCGCCCUUCCUCGUAGAUGCGCAUUUCCCAGCCCGGCCCGGCAUUCCCAGAUCCUGCCGCAUGGAUCUCAUCAGUCACAGCCUUCGAGUGGAGAAGCGAAGGUGCCUUUGGAAGCCCAGAGGCCACUGAAUCAAUCAGCUGAAUUCCAGCGGCAGGAGCAGGGUCGGGAUGUUGAGCUACAGCCCUGCUGAGGGGUGGGGAGCAAACCCCGACCCUCCAAUCCCCUGUCCUGCCAGAGCUUUGCCCCCAGCCCAGCCCGGCAUUCCCAGAUCCUGCCCCGUGGAUCUCAUUAUCCACAGCUUUUGAGUGGAGAAGCGAAGGUGCCUUUGGAAGCCCAGAGGCCACUGAAUCAAUCAGCUGAAUUCCAGCGGCAGGAGCAGGGUCGGGAUGUUGAGCUACAGCCCUGCUGAGGGGUGGGGAGCAAACCCCGACCCUCCAAUCCCCUCUCUCCUGCCAGAGCUUUGCCCCCAGCCCGGCCCGGCAUUCCCAGAUCCUGCCCCGUGGAUCUCAUCAGCCACACAAAGCCUUUGAGUGGAGAAGCGAAGGUGCCUUUGGAAGCCCAGAGGCCACUGAAUCAAUCAGCUGAAUUCCAGCGGCAGGAGCGGGAUCGGGAUGUUGAGCUACAGCCCUGCUGAGGGGUGGGGAGCAAACCCCGACCCUCAAACCCCCCUCCUGCGGGAGCUUUGCCCCCCAGCCCGGCCCGAAGCUCCGCCCGCAGCGCCCCGGGGUGCGGGGCCCGGAGGGACCGCGGGGUUGGAGUUCGGCCCCGGAGCCAAAAUGAAGUUUAUCCUGAUUAUUGCUGGAAGGGGCUGUGUGUAACU